AGUAGACUGAUUUGACAUGUUGUGCUGAACCGGAAAAACAAAGAUCCGAUCAUUAAUUGGGGGAAUUAGGGUUAGGGUUGAAAAAUUGAAAUCGGAGAUGGCCGGUGACGUGGGUAUGUUCAAGUUCCUGAAGCCCAAGAGUCGUCCUCACCCCGUGGAUAUCCAAGCCGCUGCCUUGUGGGGUGUCGCUGCCGGCACCACCGCUCUUUGGGUCGUCCAGCCAUUCAACUGGAUAAAGAAGACCUUUUUUGAGACUCCAGAACCAGAAAAGUGAAGUAAUUUGAAGCGUUAUGGUAAAACUUUUUGGUUCUGUUUGUGGUAUAAGAUUGCCACUGCAAUACUCUUUUUUAUGAGACUACAUUUUCAGAGUUCAUGGGAAUAAUUAUGAAUUUUUGUACUGGUA